AUGUCGGCGAUUUCACCCCCCACUCAGGCUCCGGCCCAGGAGGGUACCAAUGCCGCUCCGGCCCCUGCAGCUCCGGCUCCGGGAACCUCGAAUCCCGCGUCCAACGAUAAUACCCCGGCGCCCUCGACCGGAGCGACCGCGAGCUCUUCGUCCAGCGCAGGCCCAGAUGACAACCUGGUCUGCCACUGGGGCGCCUGCAAGGAGCCCUUUACCUCUGCCGAGGCCCUCUAUGAACACAUUUGCGAGAAGCAUGUUGGCCGCAAGAGCACCAACAACCUGAACUUGACUUGCCAGUGGAACCAAUGCCGCACCACAACUGUCAAGCGCGACCACAUCACUUCGCACAUUCGGGUUCAUGUGCCUCUCAAGCCGCAUAAGUGCGAUUUCUGUGGGAAGUCGUUUAAGCGUCCCCAGGAUCUCAAGAAGCAUGUCAAGACCCAUGCCGAUGAUUCGCUACCGUCCUCACCCGGGCACGAAGCGUAUGUAUUUCUCCUUGAUUCAGCCUACCCUCUCGAGAUCCAGAGGCUAAUCCUUUUUCCAGCCCCUUCCGCCUUCUAUGAUCACAACGGCCACAUGCGCGGCAACAACCCGGCGCACUUUGCUCACCCCCACCAGAAUGGACAGGCUAGUUACUACGGCCAGCAGCAGCAGGCGCCCCAGCCGACGUACCACGCCCCGAUGUACUACCAGCACCCAAUGGGCGGCUCCCGUGCCGACUACAUCGGCCACCAGGCCGCCGGCUUUAACGAGGCCGCGCGGAAGCGUGACGCAGAGAGCCUGAACGAGUUCUUCGGAAACAUGAAGCGCGCGCAGAUUGACCCGCGCUCGUAUGCUCAGAUUGGCCGCUCGCUGAUGCCCGUUCACUCCUCCCUCGGCAUGCCUGCCGGUGGUGGUCUGGCCACAGAGUACAUGCCGCAGGCUCCCCAUACCCUAGGUGGUGUUGGCGGCGCUGCGAACGGCCCGCUGGCGCAGCACUACUACCUGCCGCCCAUGCCCAACCUCCGUACCAAGGAGGACCUUCAGCAGAUCGACCACAUGCUCGAACAGAUGCAGUCGACCAUCUACGACAACUCUGGUUCGCCAAACACGCACUACGCGCCCGUUGACAUGCGCCACUCCCCCACAUAUGCGACUCGCCCGGCCGUCGAGGGCUACGCUGUCACGGCUGCCCAAGUCAUGUCUCCUCUUAGCGCGCCGACCCACUCGGCUGGUGGCACACCUGCCGUUACCCCGCCGUCGAGCAACAUGUCGUACACGUCCGGCCACUCGCCCACCGCUUCUUCCGUCGGCCUGUCCCCGUCUUCUCGCCACAGCUCGACUUCGGUCUCGUACCCAAGUCUUCCGAGCCGCCCGAACCUGCCGUAUCCGUCGGCCGCCGGUCUCGGUUCGACCUUUGCCCACAAUGAGCGCCGUCUCUCCGGUGGCAUGCUCCAGAGCGCUGCCGGCGCCCGCCGCGAUGGCGACCGCACCCCCACUGGCAAGGGGCCCGACGGCGCCGCCGUAAGCUCGCCUUCCGAGGAGUCCGAGGCCGGGGAGAACGAGUCGUACGAUGAUUGGCUGCACAACGUGCGCGCGGUCGAGUUCCUCCGCGGCUACGUGCGCAACCGCCUUGAGCGCCGCGAGUACGAGGAGGGCUCCGAUGACGGCCGCCCGCGACCGCGUCAGCUACCCCUCGCUGCCUCCCAUGCAGUAGACUGGUCUGUCAUGUAG